AUGACCUCACCCAACCGAUCCGUGGACGACAUCGUCGAUACGACGCCGUUGCUCAGCAACUCGGGAGGGUCGUCCGACGAGUCCAACUCCGGGCGCCACCGAAUCGUGCGCCGCCAGAGCCUGCGCGACGCCGCGCGGUUUCUCCGCCAAGCCAGCAGCCGCCGGCUCAUGCGUGAGCCGUCGAUGCUGGUUCGCGAGACGGCGGCGGAGCAGUUGGAGGAGAGGCAGAGCGAUUGGGCGUAUUCGAAGCCCGUGGUGGUUCUCGACAUCAUCUGGAACUUCGCUUUCGUCGUCGUCGCGGCAACGGUCCUGGUUCUGAGCCGAUACGAAUUGCCGAAUAUGCCCCUGAGGCUCUGGAUCAUGGGGUACGCUUUGCAGUGUGCGGUUCAUAUGGUUUGUGUUUGUGUCGAGUUUCGGAGAAGGCAGUGCCGACAGAGAAGCCGGGUUUUGGGGAUGACGGAGGAAGGAGUAGGGAGUGUUGGGAACUUGAGUUCUGGGUCGAGAGAGGGGGAUUCGUCUUCGCAGUACGUGUCUUUGGCUGAUCAUAUGAAUGAGGAGGGUACCAGCGUUGCAAAGCAUUUGGAAUCUGCAAAUACAAUGUUUUCAUUCAUCUGGUGGAUCAUUGGGUUCUACUGGGUAUCAGCAGGUGGUCAAGCUUUAGCGCGUGCCUCCCCUCAGCUUUACUGGCUAUGUAUAAUUUUCCUGGGUUUUGACGUGUUUUUUGUCGUUUUCUGUGUUGCACUGGCAUGUAUCAUUGGUAUCGCUGUUUGUUGCUGUCUUCCAUGUAUUAUUGCACUUUUAUACGCUGUGGCAGACCAGGAUGGAGCAUCCAAGGAAGACAUUGAACAGUUGUCAAAAUUCAAAUUCAGAAAAGUUGGCAAUGAGAAAGUUGCAGGUGAUACACAAGGUGGAGGAGUAAUGACUGAAUGUGGAACAGAUUCACCCAUUGAACAUGUUCUUUCGCAGGACGAUGCGGAGUGUUGCAUCUGCCUUUCUUCUUACGAUGAUGGAGUGGAGCUAAGGCAACUUCCUUGUGGCCAUCAUUUUCACUGUUCCUGCAUUGAUAAGUGGCUUUAUAUCAAUGCUACCUGUCCUCUCUGCAAGUACAAUAUAUUGAAGAGUACCAGCCAUGAUCCAGUGGAAGUGUAG